GUGUUCACGCACAGGCUGCCUCUAUCCCAGUAAAUGAGAGGUAACCUGAACUCAGUUUGUGGGGGCUCAUUCUUCACCAUGCUCCCUGUCCGUCCACCCAACUCCGCUGGCCCUCUUAUCGCAUGUUGCUCCUCUAACCGGUAGAGGUCGCAGCCUAGCAGCCACAGUGUGCACGGGAACGAAUGGAUGGAUUUGAGCGCUCUCACACGACAAAGCAACAGCGCGUCUGGAAACCGGGAACGGAGCACUGGCAUUUUGGGAGAAACCGUCGACAAGAGCACUUCUGCAUCUUUACCUGCACCACGACCGACUCGGCUCGCUGACAAACAACUUCACUGACCGCUUUUCUUUUUUCUUUUCUUUUCGUUCUUUUUUUUAUACCGACACUGGCACCUUCCCUCUCUGCUCCUCUCUGUCCAAGUGAACUUUAUAGGGAUGUUAUAUCAGAGCACCAUCGCACAGAAUGCCCAGAUAGACAGUGCUGAAGUAAGUGUAGUACGGGUGUGAAGAGCCAGCGACUGGAGAGACUCGGUCUGCUUCCUCCACUUUUGAUCGGUUUAAUACACGCGAGAAAAGCGUGUGUGUAUGUGUUUGUGUGUGUGUGUGCGCAGGAGAGAGAGAGAAGUCGCACAGGUUUUUGGAGCUACGCUUUCAUGCCGUCAGUCUUGCGGACUCUGAGAUGGACGUCAGAUUUUAUCCAGCUCCCCCUUCAAGCGUGGGUUCAUGUACAUUACCGACUGACUCCGGUUUGGACUAUUACCACUCCAACAAGAGCAGAUACGGUGCUGCAGAUCGAGGUGUGAGGCUCUACAGUUCCUUGCCCAUGCGCCCAAACCCUGACGGCAAGAGACUGCCCUCUACUGGGUUUGAUGGUGAAAACAUGUACAUGAAUGAAAACAACCACGAGUUCCUCCCGCCAAACCAGAGCUAUACAGGUCAGACUGGUAGCAGCGGUGGAGGAGGCGGAGGUGGUGGCAACACCAGUGGAAAUGGAGCAGGGGACGAAGACUACGAGAUCCCCCCCAUCACUCCGCCUAACCACCCCGAGCCUCCUCCUCUUCACCUGAUGGAGCAUGACUCUACAGGCUACCUCUGCCACUCGCUGCCACACAAUGGGCUCAUCAACCCGUAUUCCUACCCAGAGCUGCCCACACUCAUGAUGUCUAACAUGCUGGCACAGGACACCCAUCUUGUUUCCAGCCAAAUGCCCUCGAUGCAGGAGAUGGCUAUGCACCACCACCACCACCACCAACAGCAACACCAACACCAGCACCCAGAUGGCGUUCAUUAUGACCCCGCCCGUAACCACCCCAUGAUAAACAGCUCACCUCCGAUACUGCCCAACCCCAUGAGUGCACUGUCCCAGCUAAAUCCUCAGGUCAGCCGGAGUUCACUGCCUCAUGGCUCCCCCUCACCUCCCGGAAGUAAAUCAGCCACACCCUCCCCCUCAAGCUCCAAUCAGGAAGAGGAGACUGAUCCUCAUUCGAAGAUGGUAAUCCAGAUCACGGGUGAGAAGCGGCCAUCUUCUGAGAUGAUGAAGCCCAAGCCCAAACCCCAGAAAAAGAAGAAGAAGAAAGAUCCCAAUGAGCCUACAAAGCCUGUGUCAGCCUAUGCCUUGUUCUUCAGAGACACCCAGGCAGCCAUUAAGGGACAGAAUCCCAAUGCCACCUUUGGGGACGUAUCCAAGAUAGUAGCCUCCAUGUGGGACGGGCUGGGAGAGGAGCAAAAACAGAGCUACAAGAGGAAAACAGAGGCAGCUAAGAAGGAGUACCUGAAAGCCCUGGCCGCCUACAGAGCCAGUCUGGUUUCCAAGACAUAUAAUGACCCGGUGGAGACAAAAAGUGUCCAAACAAGCCAGGCUUCUCCACAUAUGAUGCCAGCCAACCCGCCCCUGUACAGUGUGCCACCUCCCCCCCAGCCAUCGUCGCCCUACCUGGGGCCCGGGGCCUUUCCUCUCACCGACCUGCAGAGUUACGCAGGACACGCCCCUCGUCACACUUUGUCGCAGACGCUCAGCCAAUCACAGAUGCUGCCAAGCAUUAGUGCCUCUCCCCCUUCCUCCUUUCAGAUCAGCCCACCCCUUCACCCCCACCAGCAGCUCUCCCUGCACCAGAGCUCAAUCCUCAACCAGCCUAUCCGCAUGCAGCAGGUCCAAUCCCAGCCAAUCAUCUCUCACCAGAUGGGGCUGCAGGCCUCACUUCACUCACCACCUCCUGGGCAGCAGGGUUUUCCCCACCUCCAGUCAGAUUAUCAGAAGGCCAUUGGAGGUUCCCAGUCUCCAGGAGCCCCUGGCCCUGGCUCUGGUCCUGGAGUGGCUCAGAGUCAUGACUGGGACAGUGAAUAUUGCAAUCGGGAGUGUGGCAACCACUGCAGGUCAGUGAAAGCAGACAAAUCACUGCAAUUUAUCAAAACCCACAGACUUGAAAGGCAUUUGGAAAGGAUACAAAAUGAAUUGAGCUCAACAAACUGUUAUUUACUCUUUAAAAAAAAAAAAGAUUAUGGGUCUUCAUUGGUAACUUUUUUCCCCUACUGAAUUUGUCAUAAAGAUAUGGCCAUAUGCGAGUACUAGAUGAGAACUUGCUUAGAAAUAAGCAUAGCCUAUAUAGUCAUGUCAGAUGUCUCUCCUACUGCUAUCUCAAUACAAGUGUUGAAAAGUGACAACUCUGUUCCAGUGAGACAGCUGGAGAGGUAAUGUCGAAAUAAUAGAGCUUGUCAUGUGUUUGUAAGACAGCAGUUAAAAAAAAAAAAAAAAAAAGACAGAUGUUCCUAACAGAAGUUUUCAUUGUUACUGUACUGAGCAGUUUGGUGGACUGUGCAGUCCUGCAGCACACACUCAUCAUGCUAAAGUACUAUGAUAGGUUUUAUUUUAAGGUAAGUAAGGUAGAAGCUGAGAGAAUGGGCAUUUUUCCUUAAAUUGAGGCCAUUUGGAAAUAAAAAGUAUUUGCAAUCAGAAGAAAAUAUCCCUCCUAUUGUUCUGUUCUUUUAUAUUUGAGUCCUUUUUAUCCUUAGCAUUGUGUUCAACCUGUGUUUGUCUUUUUUGUU